AUGUCCAAGGCUGUUAACAUUGCUAUUAUCGGAACCGGCCUUGUCGGAAAGGCCUUCAUCAACCAGCUUGCCGCCGUCAAAUCCUCCAUUGCCUACAAUGUCGUUCUCAUCGCUCGAUCUUCUAAGACCCUCAUCUCCAAGGACUUCAAGCCCCUCUCCCUGACCAACUGGGAGUCCGAGCUCAACUCCUCCCCCGUCGGAGCCAUGUCUUUCACCGAGAUCAACGACUUCCUCAAGAAGUCUCCUCUGCCCGUCAUUCUGGUUGACAACACCUCCAACGAGGCCCUGGCCAACGAGUACCCUACUUUUGUCAACUCUGGUAUCUCCAUUGCCACCCCCAACAAGAAGGCCUUCUCCUCCGAUCUUAAGACCUGGGAGGCCAUCUUCGGCGGCGCUGAGAAGUCCGGCGCUCUUGUCUACCAUGAGGCUACUGUCGGUGCCGGUCUGCCCGUCAUCUCUACCCUCAAUGACCUCAUUGCCACCGGUGACGAGGUCGAGACCGUCGAGGGUAUUGUUUCCGGAACUCUGUCUUACAUCUUCAACGAGUUCUCCACCCUCUCUGGCUCUGACGUUAAGUUCUCCGACGUUGUCACCAAGGCCAAGCAGCUCGGAUACACCGAGCCCGAUCCCCGAGAGGAUCUCAAUGGUCUGGAUGUCGCCCGAAAGGUCACCAUUCUGGCUCGACUCUCUGGCUUCGACGUGGAGUCUCCCACUGCCUUCCCUGUUCAGUCCCUGAUUCCCAAGCCCCUCGAGACUGCCUCUUCCGCCGAUGAGUUCCUCCAGAAGCUCCCCGAGUAUGACGCCGACCUUGCUAAGCUUCGAGACGAGGCUUUCGCCGAGAAGAAGGUUCUCCGAUUCGUCGGUUCCAUCAACAAGGGCACCGGCAAGGUCGAGGUUGGUAUUCAGAAGUACGAUGCCUCUCAUCCCUUUGCCUCCCUCAAGGGCUCCGAUAACAUUAUCGCCUUCAAGACCAAGCGAUACCCCAACCCUCUGGUCAUCCAGGGAGCUGGUGCUGGAGACGAGGUCACUGCUGCUGGUGUUCUUGCCGACGUUUUCAAGGCUGCCCAGCGACUUGCCAAAUAG